CAAGCUGAAAUCAACAGCAAAAACGACUUCCACCUGGAACUUUUAAAUGUUCGACAGAUGAGACUUAAAAAGACAGGGACUUCCAUACUUGGAGAUCUCAGCUACAGAUCUGUUGGAUCCCGUUACCUACAUAACGGAGUUUUUGAGGUGGUGAAGAGCUCGGAUCUGAACGCUGAGGGGGAGUUUCUGGCCCAGCGGGGGAGUCUGGACGUAGUGGUCCCCACAGAGUUAGAGGGGGCGGCAUACAUACAGGUGGAGGUGAAAUCUGUCCCAGACACUAUGGAUCUGACAGGUGCUAUACUUAAGAUACCAUCAGGAAUCGGUCCAGUACGAAGUGAAACUUAUUGGCAGCAGAAACUAGAGAAAGCACAGAAUGUUCUAUUCUGUAAGGAGAUCUUUGCACAGCUUGCCAGAGAGGCUGUUCAGUCUAAAUCCUCUGUCCCUCACCUGGUGGUCGGGAACCAGAUUAUCACCAACGUGUUUCCAGGCAUACAACUCUCCAUUGUCUUGUGUCACUCCACAGGGAAAGAAAAAGAGAAGAAGCUGCCUCAGUAUAAAAUGGACCACAACCACGUGUUAGAGCACUCUCUGCACCAGCUGCUGAGAGAGAACCACUUUAAGAACAUAAACUUUCCCGCGCCCCACCCUGUGACGGCUCUGGUGGGACUGACCAAGCGCCGGAGACUGGCUGGACCUAACGCUCUCAGUCGUAAACAGCUGAUGGAGAUGUCAGAAAGUGAGAGUAUGUUGGAUCAAAUCAUCAAACAGACAAAGCAUAAUGUGCUCCGGUUAAGGACAAUGCAGACCAUUGAUGGGUUUGCGGCCACUCUGUCGGACCCCCAGUUGACCGUUCACUGGAGUUGUUGUAACAGCAGUACUGAGGCCAGCUGUAGGGUCAUCAUCACAUCUCAAGGUUAUGACCUCAGGGUGUGGCACAGCUUUGUAAUUAUCAUUGGUGUGGACAGCCUUAAGGUCAUUAUUAAGGAGGGCAGAGUUUUCUUCUUAUCUUUUGAGGAGAAAGAACUACAAGACUUUAUUAUGUGGCAGGUAUCUCAGCACCAGAUCUCAGUAUCCCAGAACUUGGCUCGCCUGAUGGGGUGGCAGAUCAUGAGUACCAGUACAGCGAUGGGCGUGUCUGACCUGGAAUCUUCUGGCACCGCCUCCUCUCUCAUCCUAGCAGCCCCCAACAAAGAAAGGAUUCUUGCAAUAAAGAGUGGGCCAUCCAGUGGAAUUAAGGUGUUCCUGCAGUUAUCACAGAAAGACAACAAAAACAGAGUUAUCCUUCCUGACAGUAAAUGGCAGAGCGUGGGGGCAGACUUUCAGCAGGUGGAUCUAACCAAAUUUGAGGGGCGGAAUUUCGCCUCUAAACUAGAACUGUUAUUAGCUACAUUGUCUCAUGAUUCUUCACAAAAUUCAUCCCAAUAAAAAUAAUCUCAUCUCAAACUUA